UCGACGCACGGCGGAGCUGCGGCUGCUUCUGCUGCUGAGGGGAGCCGAGAAGGUGGCGGUCUUGCGCCUCCCUGGACUUCCCAAGUGGGGGCAGAGCAGUCGCUCGCGGGAGACGUCAGUUGGAAAGGCACAGGGAAACAGGAACCUUCAAACUCCUCCUCGGCGUCUCCUCUCCACCCCCUUUGGCCCCUGCCCUUGAAGAAAGUGGAGUGUGGCGUUUGGCUGUCGUUAUUUCUUGGGACUGCUUCGCCGUGCACGGAUUCAGCGGCUGCCCAGUGGGGCUCUCCGCUGUUUGCGCGUCUCUCGGUGUUGUUCCCUCCGGCACACCUCUAUCGACGAUGAGGAAAGGUCUGCGGGCGACAGCGGCCCGCUGCGGACUGGGACUAGGAUACGUGCUGCAAAUGCUCGUGCUACCUGCCCUGGCCCUGCUCAGCGCCAGCGGCACCGGCUCAGCCGCUCAAGACGACGACUUUUUUCAUGAACUCCCAGAAACGUUUCCAUCAGAUCCACCUGAGCCUCUGCCACAUUUCCUCAUUGAGCCAGAAGAAGCCUAUAUUGUGAAGAAUAAGCCUGUGAACCUGUACUGUAAAGCCAGCCCUGCCACCCAGAUCUACUUCAAGUGCAAUAGCGAGUGGGUUCAUCAGAAGGACCACAUAGUAGACGAACGAGUGGACGAAACCUCUGGUCUCAUUGUCCGGGAAGUGAGCAUUGAGAUUUCACGACAGCAAGUGGAAGAACUCUUUGGCCCUGAAGACUAUUGGUGCCAGUGUGUGGCCUGGAGCUCAGCAGGCACCACGAAGAGUCGGAAGGCUUAUGUGCGCAUCGCAUAUCUGCGGAAGACAUUUGAGCAGGAACCCCUGGGAAAGGAAGUGUCCCUGGAACAGGAAGUCUUACUCCAGUGUCGACCACCUGAAGGGAUCCCAGUGGCUGAGGUGGAAUGGUUGAAAAAUGAAGACAUAAUUGAUCCUGUUGAAGAUCGAAACUUUUAUAUCACAAUCGAUCACAACCUAAUCAUAAAGCAGGCCCGCCUCUCAGAUACUGCAAAUUAUACCUGUGUCGCCAAAAACAUUGUUGCCAAGAGGAAAAGCACAACCGCUACUGUCAUAGUCUAUGUUAAUGGUGGCUGGUCCACCUGGACAGAGUGGUCUGUGUGUAAUAGCCGCUGUGGACGAGGGUAUCAGAAACGCACAAGGACCUGCACCAACCCAGCACCACUCAAUGGCGGGGCCUUCUGUGAGGGGCAGAGCGUGCAGAAAAUAGCCUGUACUACACUGUGCCCAGUGGAUGGCAGAUGGACCUCAUGGAGCAAAUGGUCUACUUGUGGGACUGAAUGUACCCACUGGCGCAGGAGGGAGUGCACAGCACCAGCCCCUAAGAAUGGGGGCAAGGACUGCGACGGCCUGGUCUUGCAAUCGAAGAACUGCACCGAUGGGCUUUGCAUGCAGAGUUUCAUUUAUCCUAUUUCAACUGAACAGAGAACCCAGAAUGAAUAUGGAUUUUCUUCUGCUCCUGAUUCGGAUGAUGUUGCUCUCUAUGUUGGGAUUGUGAUCGCAGUGAUUGUUUGCCUGGCCAUCUCUGUUGUCGUGGCCCUCUUUGUGUAUCGGAAGAACCAUCGUGACUUUGAGUCUGAUAUUAUUGACUCUUCAGCCCUAAACGGGGGCUUUCAGCCUGUGAACAUCAAGGCCGCCAGACAAGAUCUUCUGACGGUGCCCCCAGACCUCACUUCUGCUGCAGCCAUGUACAGGGGACCUGUCUACGCCCUACACGACGUCUCAGACAAAAUCCCAAUGACCAAUUCUCCAAUUCUGGAUCCACUGCCCAACCUGAAAAUCAAAGUGUACAACACCUCGGGUGCUGUCACUCCCCAAGAUGACCUCUCUGAGUUUACAGCCAAGCUGUCCCCACAGAUGACCCAGUCCUUGCUGGAGAAUGAGGCCCUCAACCUGAAGAAUCAGAGUCUCGCCAGGCAGACCGACCCAUCCUGUACAGCGUUUGGCACCUUCAACUCCCUUGGGGGCCACCUUAUUGUUCCCAAUUCAGGAGUAAGCUUGCUGAUUCCCGCUGGGGCCAUUCCCCAAGGGAGAGUCUACGAAAUGUAUGUGACUGUACACAGGAAAGAAAAUAUGAGGCCACCCAUGGAAGACUCUCAGACGCUCUUGACCCCAGUGGUGAGCUGUGGGCCUCCGGGAGCCCUGCUGACCCGCCCCGUCAUCCUCACUCUGCAUCACUGUGCAGAUCCCAAUACAGAAGACUGGAAGAUCCAGCUCAAAAACCAGACAGCACAGGGACAGUGGGAGGAUGUAGUAGUGGUUGGAGAGGAAAACUUCACUACCCCCUGCUACAUUCAGCUGGAUGCAGAGGCCUGCCACAUCCUCACAGAGAACCUCAGCACGUAUACCCUGGUUGGGCAAUCCACCACCAAAGCCGCAGCAAAACGCCUGAAGUUAGCCAUCUUUGGGCCUCUCUGCUGUUCCUCCCUGGAGUACAGCAUCCGGGUCUACUGUUUGGAUGACACUCAGGAUGCCCUCAAGGAAGUUUUACAACUUGAGAGACAGAUGGGAGGACAGCUUCUGGAGGAACCCAAGGCACUUCAUUUUAAAGGAAGUACCCACAAUUUGCGCCUAUCCAUUCAUGACGUUGCCCAUUCCCUCUGGAAGAGCAAAUUGCUGGCUAAAUAUCAGGAAAUUCCUUUUUACCAUAUCUGGAGUGGGUCUCAAAGAAACCUCCACUGCACCUUCACUCUGGAAAGAUUUAGCCUGAACACAGUGGAGCUGGUUUGCAAACUCUGUGUACGGCAGGUGGAAGGAGAAGGGCAGAUCUUCCAGCUGAACUGCACCGUGUCAGAGGAACCUACUGGCAUAGAUUUGCCCUUGCUGGAUCCUGCCAGCACCAUCACCACCGUCACAGGGCCGAGCGCUUUCAGCAUCCCUCUUCCCAUCAGGCAGAAGCUCUGCAGCAGCCUGGAUGCCCCACAGACAAGAGGCCAUGAUUGGAGGAUGCUGGCCCAUAAGCUAAAUCUGGACAGGUACUUGAAUUACUUUGCCACCAAAUCAAGCCCCACUGGUGUAAUCCUGGAUCUCUGGGAGGCACAGAACUUCCCAGAUGGAAACCUGAGCAUGCUGGCAGCUGUCUUGGAAGAAAUGGGAAGACAUGAAACAGUAGUGUCUUUAGCAGCAGAAGGGCAGUAUUGACCACACUGGAAAUGAAGGUGAAGGAGGAAAAUGCACAGGGAGUCUGUGGCCGUCCAGGGAAAACACAGCUGAGGAGGAAAUCCAAACUAGACCAAUGAGCUUCACAGGCAAGAUGGCAGCGGGAGAGAGAAGAACAGAUACGACUACCAAUGUACAUGCCCACUUGACUUGGACAGUAUCACAGGAGUUAAGAAAAAUUGUGUAAAUGUGUACCUUGAAUUUAGAAGUCAACCUAAUUUUCCUCUUAGUUGGGCUGUAUGCUGUAUGGUACAGGAUCUUACAGUUUCCUAGGAAACGCUUUUUAUUGCUAUCCAGAUAUAUGGAUAAACUUUCUUAACAAACCCAAUUUCUACAAAUGUUGUUUACAUCAAAUUGGACAGGGAUGCAGACACUGUCCAUGGCGCAUUCUAUUUUUGUUCAAAUCAUUUGAAGUUGAAGCUGUGGACGGUUUGUUGUGUCUAUUUCAGAUUAGUAAUUUACAAAGAAGUCAGACUUUUGCUACAAAUCUCGUACAUCCAGUGUCUCAGAUAAUCCUCCCAAUCAAUGUUCUGUUUCUAGAACUUGUAGAACCAGUGUUACUGUUUGUAUCAGGGAAGGGGAGAAUCUAAAUGUAAAGGAGAAAUGACUAAGAUUCCUUAUGCCUUGGGUGCACCUGCCUGGUGUGCUUUAGGAAUAAAGCUGUAGCAUUGCAGGGAAGAUAGUGAUUCAUGUUCAAACGCUCAAAACAUUUCUUCUUGGCGUGUUUGUAAUAUGAAAUUUAAAGAUUUUUUUUAAAAAAAGUAUCAUUAUUAUUAUUGAUGAGUAUCUACAAGUAUUUUAGUAAAAGGGUUUUCUUUUAACUUCUGUUUUUGUUAGCAGUACUGUUAGUAUUUGGUAUUGACUAGACCUGCCUCACUUCCUCACAUAAGAGGUGGGUGGGGUGACCAGCUUAGUCCAACAGGCAUUGCUUCCUUGACCUUUGACCCUCUUCUACCAUUCUACCCUGGAAAGGUAGUAAGCACUCACUGGCUUAUCAAUCAGUUCUUUCAGCUUGCUCAGACAGGGUCUUUCUCCUUUGCGUCUUACUAUGAGAAGUGUUCCCCCUGAAUUUCACUUAGUAGUGUAGUUGUGUG